CUUCCACUUUUCUUGAACGUUAAAGGUAAUACCGUAACAUAUACCUGUAUGCGCACUUAACCGCUUUGAUCUUGGCAGACGUCUCUGGAGAAUGUGAACGCCCUUCAGUCGGGAUCCGAACAAAAUCCGGGGUUUCUACAACCACCUAGCCCAGUUUUCCCUUGUUUAUAAAUAAUAUCCUGCAAUCAAUCAUACAAUAGCUAAUACCCCGCAAGAACCAACCCUAUAUUAACAGCAAUAACACCGUUCCUGAACUCCUCUCAUACUAAUCUCACCUUAUAACCUCGACAACUGCUUAGCUUAUGGGAAACUCUCCAGCUCGGCGCACUCUUCCUCCAAUUGUCGUUACAAAGAAUACACAUUACAAUCUGUUCUCUUAGAUCAGCGAAGAAUCAUACAAUUGUCUACAAUAUGGCGGCACCUCCCAACAAGACGAUCGGUGAUCUCUCGGGCAAAUGGGUGAUGAACUCCACCCUCUCCGACUCCCCGGAGCCCGCCCUCGCCCUCCAAGGUGUCAGCUGGAUGGUCCGCAAGGCCAUCGGCCUCGCCACCCUCACCCUAAACGUCAAGCAGUACGAAGGACCCGCGAACCCUCCCUCCACCUCCACCGAACCCGCGGUGCACAUCGACAUCUCCCAGACCUCUACCGGCGGCGUCAAGGGAACGACUGAGGCCCGCUGCGUCGACACCGAGUGGCGCGACCACUCCGACUGGCUCUUCGGCAACUGCCGCGCCUACAGCGCCUGGCGCUCGCUCGACGAGAUCGAAGACGCUUUCCUCAAGAAGGGCUGGCUGGUCGGCGAGGCCGAGGCCAAGGCGCCCGGUGGGAAGACCUUCCUCUUGAGCCACGUCGAGAACGUUGACUAUGGUUGGACUGCUACCCAGAUUUGGGGGUUCCAGGACGUGAAUGGCGAGCGGAGGUAUGCUCGGAAUAUUAUCGUUGCUAAGGAGGACAAGAAGGUUGAAUUUCGUCUUGUCUACGACUGGCUGGGCGAGGAACAGGAGGAGUGAAUCAGGGGGCGAAGAAUUUGGAAAUUCACGUGUAUAUAUAGAUAUGCCUUGUCGUGACAGGGCCUGCGACUGCGACUGCGAAUACGACUGCGACUGCAGCAUGCGCACAUGGAGCAAUGGAUCGGCCGUUGAAGGAUGCGGUCACUACUCAGUACCUAAGAGAGCGUCAUUGGAAGAUGCACUAGAAGAUAGUCCUACUUACGUAAAGUACCUUACUCACUUACAUUACCUUUAUCGCAC